GAUCCAAUCGAAAGGAAUGGCCAGGGAAAUGAGCCUCGUCCUCCUCCUCGCGACGCUUCUCGCGGCUCCCAAGCUCGCGCAACCCGUUGGUGAUCCAGACGGCCCUCGCGGCCCCGGCGGCGGUGGAAACCAGGACCAAAACCAAGAACUCCAGAUGCUGCUCCAGGUCCAGAGCGCGGUCAACGCCACCCAGGCGCAAAUCACCCAGGCCGUGACGAGCUUCUCGAGCCUGAACAGCCUGGAGACGCAGGUUAACCAGGCACUGUCGCUCGUCUCCGCGCUGGGCUCGCUCCGGAAGAGCGUUGACCAGGCACUGGACUCGGUGGCGGCGCUCAACGCCACGGUCAACGAGCAGCUGACCGGCGCCAUCGGGGUCUUGUCCGGCCUCAGCGACGUGCAGUCGCAGGAUGGGAGCGUGGGAUUGGCUCUCUCGUCACUCAACACCACCGCCUCCCAGCUCGGCUCCGCCAUGGACUUGAUCUCCACGCUCGCGGCUUACUUCCAGCUGAACAACAAUGGUGGUGGAGGCGGCCCUGGGUUUGGGCCUGGAGGAGGCCCAUAGAUCCAAGCAAGCACUCCUUCUCAUGUCAAUCGACUUCUUCUCCCAACAUUUAUUUGUAUGAGAAAAACCAUCAUAGAAUAAAUGAUCUUGAUUCGUG